GGGUUGGCUCGGGGGUUGUAACCGACUAACGGAAUUAGAACAUUGACAGAGCUCCGGUUUCAUCCAUCUUCUGAAGUUCAGUUCGGAGGUUCGGGUUGGAGACGGUUUGGGGUGAUUUGGGUUUGAAAGUUUAGUGUUAACCGAAUAAACAGCCAUGGAGGCUCGUGGAGUUCUCUCCGUUCUGUGCGUCGGUGCGAUGUUUGCCGUGGCGCUCGCACAGCAGACCGACAGACCCAAGUUCUGGGAGUGUCCGGUGGACCUGUUCUUUGUUCUGGACACGUCUGAGAGUGUUGCUCUGAGGGCCAAACCUCCCAACUUCUACAUCGACCAGAUCAAGAGCUUUACUGAACGCUUCAUCAUGGAGCUCAAGGAGAUGCGCCACCCAUGUGACCGGUCCCUGACAUGGAACUCUGGAGCGCUGCACUACUCUGAUGAGAUCAUCUUAGUGCGCCAGCUGAGUGACAUCGCCACCGAGCGCCAGGCGCUCAUCAGUGACAUCAAGGGCAUCAGCUACAUCGGCAAGGGAACACACACUGACUGUGCCAUCAAGAGAGGCAUCGCUGAGCUGCUCAUAGGGGGCUCCCACUACCAGGAGAAUAAGUACAUCGUCGUGGUGACGGACGGUCAUCCUCUAACAGGUUACAAGGAGCCCUGUGGGGGGUUACAGGAAGCUGCCAAUGAGGCCAGGCACCACGGGGUUAAAGUCUUCUCUGUCGCCAUAUCACCUGACCAGGAGGACACCAGACUGUCAGUGAUUGCUACAGACCAGAACUACAGACAGAACUUCACAGCAGCUGACAACAGCAGAUCCACCCAGCUACAGACCAUUCGCAGCAUCAUAGAUAUGAUCACCAAUGAGACCAAGGAUGUGUGCUGUUCUUUUGACUGCAAUGCUAAAGGAGGUCCCAAAGGACCAGUAGGAGACCUCGGGUCCAAGGGUGAAACAGGUAGACAGGGGAUGCCAGGCGAGAAGGGAGACAUCGGGGUAGAGGGGAACUUGGGAGACCCCGGUCCCGUAGGAUACCGUGGAAUGAAGGGCGACCGAGGUGGAAUAGGCAACAAGGGCGAGAGAGGCCAUAAAGGCUACAAGGGAGACAAAGGACGACAGGGGACAGAUGGAGUUGAUGGACGUAAGGGUGAUCCAGGGUUUCCUGGUCUAGCCGGCUGUAAAGGUUCCCCAGGACCUGACGGCUCACAAGGAGACGGAGGUCCUAAGGGAGAUCCUGGUCCAUACGGAACCAAAGGAGCUAAGGGUGAUCGGGGGAAAAACGGAGAACCAGGACGACCCGGUAACUACGGACCGCCCGGAACCAAGGGUACACUGGGCCCAAAAGGAGCCAAUGGGGACAAAGGACAGCGGGGGGAUGAUGGAGCACCUGGACCGGACGGCCUCCGAGGAGACAAAGGAACCCCAGGAGAGAAAGGAGAACAAGGAACCCGUGGAAACAGGGGACCAAGAGGAGAUUUGGGUGACCCAGGACCUCGUGGAGAUCAGGGCAGAGAGGGUUCAUCUGGAGCCAAUGGAGAGCCUGGCGACAUCGGCAGGGCGGGGUCUCCAGGAUACAGAGGAGAUGAGGGCGCCCCGGGCCAGAGGGCCCCAAAGGACCAAGAGGGAUCAAAGGAGCUCCCGGAGACAGAGGCCAGAUCGGAGCGAGGGGAGAAGAUGGUGCACCUGGAAAUGGAACUGAGGGUUGUCAUGGUUUCCAGGGUUACCCCGGCCCUCGAGGAUAUUGGAGAGCCGGGUGGAAAGGGAACGCCAGGACCUAAAGGAGAUGACGGAGAGCCUGGAGACGCUGGCCUGGACAACAACUCCCCAGGACUCCCAGGGAACAAAGGAGGCAAAGGACACAGAGGACCUGAAGGAAACCCGGGACCAGUCGGGCCUCCGGGACCUGCAGGAGCUGAUGAAUGUGAGAUUCUGGAUAUCAUCAUGAAGCUUUGCUCAUGCUGUGAGUGUAAGUGUGGGCCCCUGGACCUGGCCUUCAUCGUGGACAGUUCUGAGAGUAUCGGCUCCACUAACUUCGCUCUAGCUAAGGACUUCAUCAUCACCGUCAUAGACCGCCUUAUUAAGGACCAGCAAGUCCAUUUUGGUUUUAAUGAGUCCAGGGUAGGCGUGGUGCAGUACAGUGGGGAUGGAGCCCAGGAGGCUGUCAGACUGGGAGACCCCAACAUUAACACACUGACUGAGCUCAAACAGGCGGUGCGGGACCUGCGCUGGCUGGCUGAGGCCACCUAUACAGGGGAGGCUCUGCAGUUCUCUCUGACCAACAUGAUUGACCGUCUGCAGCAGGAGAACCGCGUGGUCCUAGUGCUCACUGACGGACGCUCUGAUAUCACCAGAGAUAAAACACCGCUCAACACACUCUGUGGGAAGGGCAUCAAGGUGGGUGGUCUGGGAGUGAAGGACUACUCUGGCCGUCAGCCCAACCAUGAACAGCUCAGUGCUGUGGUCUGUACGAGCGACCCUAAACCAGGCUUCUCCUUCGUACUGGAGAACUUCGCUGAGCUGCUGGAUGACAGCUUCUUACAGAACCUCACCACACGCAUCUGUGAAGAUAAGAAGUGUCCCAACUACAAAUGUCCCAUCUCCUUCUCAGGGGACACAGACAUUGUAUUGAUGAUGGACAGUUCAGCCAGUGUGGGACAGAGGAACUUUGACUCCAGCAAGACCUUCGUCAAGCGUCUGGCUGAGCGCUUCCUGUCUGCCGAGAGGUCCGGCCGUGCUGCCGUGCGUGUCGCCGUGGGCCAGUACAGCCGUGAACGCCGCAUGGAGGCGGAGCUGACCUCUAACCUCACCCUGCUGACCAGUAAGAUUGAGGCCGCCACCUUCCAGAAUGAUGGGACUGACGUUACCAAGGCGAUGGCCUUCGCCAUGGAGAAAUUCCAGAUGUCAGGGGGCGGGAACAGGAAGAGGAAGCUAGUGCUGUUCUCUGACGGGAGAUCUCAGGGCGUUACCGAGGCGAUGCUGGAGAAGCGCGUACGGCUGGUGUCAGAGGCGGGAGUGGAGCUGUAUGUUAUCACCGUGGGCAACCAGGUGAGCGAGGCCAACCUGCGCUCGCUGGUCAGCAGGGGGAGGAGUUACGAUGUCACCUACGCCCAGCGCCACCUGUUCCGCGUCCCAGACUACCCGUCUCUGCUGCGUGGCGUGUUCUACCAGACCGUGUCGCGCAGGGUCUCCCAGGCCUGAGUUCAGGGGCAAGUGCUGGGACCACAUGCUUUAGAGUUUAGUCUCCCUCAUUAUGAAUAUCCAUUCGUAUUUCAUCACUCAUUUACUGUGUUUUAGUUGGGUUUUUACGUCCGAUAAUGACAGAAGACAAUUGUGUGUCAGACUGUGUAAGAGAUUGUGUUAGACUGCAUUCAUGUGCUCUCAGAAUUAUCAAGAAAAAUCCCAAGCGGAAAACUACUGAAAACCUCUUGUAACAGAAACUAGUUUCAGACGUCUGUUAUGAGCUUCCAUGUUGUAACAUCUUCCUGUCAGACUGUUCCCAGUUCCAUAAUUCCCAGUCAGGCUGUUCCCAGUUCCAUAAUUCCCAGUCAGACUGUUCCCAGUUCCAUAAUUCCCAGUCAGACUGUUCCCAGUUCCAUAAUUCCCAGUCAGACUGUUCCCAGUUCCAUAAUUCUCUGUCAGACUGUUCCCAGUUCCAUAAUUCCCAGUCAGACUGUUCCCAGUUCCAUAAUUCUCUGUCAGGCUGUUCCCAGUUCCAUAAUUCCCAGUCAGGCUGUUCCCAGUUCCAUAAUUCCCUGUCAGACUGUUCCCAGUUCCAUAAUUCCCAGUCAGGCUGUUCCCAGUUCCAUAAUUCCCAGUCAGGCUGUUCCCAGUUCCAUAAUUCCCUGUAAGACUGUUCCCAGUUCCAUAAUUCCCAGUCAGACUGUUCCCAGUUCCAUAAUUCCCAGUCAGACUGUUCCUAGUUCCAUAAUUCUGAGCAGCACAUGAAUGCAGCAUUAGACAGAAACGUUACUGUAAAGGAAUGGUCGUUGUUGUUUGUAGAUCAGAGACAGGACAGGAUAUGACAUCACUACAUCUUUUUUAAACAUCAAAGUUAAACAUUAAACAUCCUCCCUGCAGAUACCCUGAUCCUAAUGAAGAACAGCUGGACACGGACUAUUUGCGUACUCAUGUGUGCGUGUGUGUGUGUGCGUGUGCGUGUGUGUGUGUGCGUGUGUGUGUGUGCGUGUGUGUGCAAACAGUGGAAUGGUCUCAAAUGUGUUAUACAUCAUGUGGGAGUUCCUCAUAAACAGUUUGUCUGAGGUCGCAUGUUCAGAUGCCUCACAAGUACACAAACAUGCAACCACACACACAACCAUACACACACACAACCACACUCAGACAGGAAAACAUCUAUUACCAUGUUUGCACCGCCAACCCUGAUGAGGUAAAGAAACCCUGAAUGGUUUAUGGCCCCUCUCUCUCUCUCUCUCUCUCUAUCUCUCUCACACACACUCAUUCCUCUCUGCAUCAGCCUGAUGAGGUAAAGAAACCCUGAAUGGUUUAUGGCCCCUCUCUCUCUAUCUCUCUCACACACACUCAUUCCUCUCUGCAUCAGCCUGAUGAGGUAAAGAAACCCUGAAUGGUUUAUGUCUGAAUGGUGCUAGUUGACUGCUGUAGCAGUGAAUGGUGCUAGUUGACUGCUCUAGCAGUGAAUGGUGCCAGUUGACUGCUGUAGCAGUGAAUGGUGCUAGUUAACGGCUGUAGCAGUGAAUUGUGCUAGUUGACCGCUCUAGCAGUGAAUGGUGCCAGUUGACCGCUCUAGCAGUGAAUGGUGCUAGUUGACCGCUGUAGUAGUGAAUGGUGUCAGUUGACCACUGUAGCAGUGAAUGGUGCCAGUUGACCGCUGUAGCAGUGAAUGGUGCCAGUUGACCACUGUAGCAGUGAAUGGUGCCAGUUGACCGCUGUAGCAGUGAAUGGUGCCAGUUGACCGCUGUAGCAGUGAAUGGUGCCAGUUGACCGCUGUAGCAGUGAAUGGUGCCAGUUGACCACUGUAGCAGUGAAUGGUGCCAGUUGACCGCUGCAGCAGUGAAUGGUGCCAGUUGACCACUGUAGCAGUGAAUGGUGCCAGUUGACCACUGUAGCAGUGAAUGGUGCCAGUUGACCACUGCAGCAGUGAAUGGUGCCAGUUGACCGCUGUAGCAGUGAAUGGUGCCAGUUGACCACUGUAGCAGUGAAUGGUGCCAGUUGACCACUGUAGCAGUGAAUGGUGCCAGUUGACCGCUGUAGCAGUGGGCAACAUCCUACUGAUGAUAUUUUGAUCUGAAACCAAACCAGCUGCCAGACAGGCUGCUAGAACACAGCUGAUUCAUUAAAGGCCUCUUCAACCAA